UUCCACUUCCCUCACACAAAUCUCCUCUUUCUCCCUCUUCUUAAAAACUUUUUCCGUACUGAAGAAAAAAAUGGCUGCCAAAGUAAUGCCAGCAAUGGCGGUUAUAGUGGUUGCUGCUCUGAUGGCGACCACAGUGAACGCCAAAAUCCCCGGAGUUUACACCGGAGGUCCCUGGAUCAACGCUCACGCCACUUUCUACGGCGAAGCUGACGCUUCAGGGACUAUGGGUGGUGCGUGCGGGUACGGGAACUUAUAUAGCCAAGGUUACGGUGUGAACACGGCGGCUUUAAGCACGGCCUUGUUCAACAAUGGUUUGAGUUGUGGUGCUUGCUUCGAGCUCAAAUGUGUUAAUGAUCCAGGCUGGUGUCUUCCAGGAAACCCAUCAAUCCUUAUCACCGCUACUAAUUUCUGUCCGCCUAACUUUGCUCAAGCUAGCGACAAUGGUGGUUGGUGUAACCCUCCGCGUGAGCACUUUGAUCUCGCCAUGCCUAUGUUCCUAUCCAUUGCUAAGUAUAAGGCCGGUAUCGUCCCCGUCUCUUACCGCAGGGUUCCAUGUAGGAAGAAAGGAGGUAUGAGAUUCACUAUUAAUGGAUCCAAGUACUUCAACUUGGUGCUAGUCACUAACGUAGCCGGAGCCGGAAACGUCCAGAUGGUCAGUGUUAAAGGAAGCAACACAGGUUGGUUAGGUCUUAGCCGUAAUUGGGGACAAAACUGGCAAUCAAACGCAAUUCUGGUCGGCCAAUCUCUUUCUUUCCGAGUCAAAACCUCCGAUGGCCGAAGCUCCACCUCCAACAACAUCGUUCCCAGUAACUGGCAAUUUGGUCAGACUUUCUCCGGCAAGAACUUCCGCGUCUGAUUUCUAGAAGAUAAAACAAUAAUCUGCUGAAGAUAUAUUUGAAGAUUUUUUUUUCUUCCUAAUAUAUAUAUUACGUACGUGUCUUUAAAAUUAAUUAGAUAUGAUUUGGAAUUGGGAUUCCUACCAAUUUUCCCUUAUUUUCUCAGGGAAAGUAUUUGGGUUGCUUCGUUUGGAAGUUAGGUUCUCUUUAAAAACAUUUAGACUUUGUGUUAUGUCUAGUUUGGUUCUGUAGAGAGGUUGAAGCGGCUUCAAAAAGAAAGGGUCGGAAUAAAGAUAAUUGUAGCCCGCAGCUCUCUCUCUUUUACGCUCUGAUCAUUGUAUUAAGUAUAUAUCUAUGAUAUUAAGAAACUUGGAUUUUCCAUUUAUAUAAAUAAAUGAUUGGCCAUUCA